AUGGCAUCGACCGAAUCAACUUAUAGAAGCAACUUAUUGUUUACUAACACUCUGGAUGAGGAUUUUUAUGUUUUGAAGAAAAACUGUAAAAGUGACUUUUCACACUAUCAAAAAUCUUUUGCAUCUUCAUCCUCCUCAUCAUUAUCGUCUUUACUUGAUUUUAGACCCAAUUCCUCUUCAAAUGAUAAUAUAUUGCAGCCUGAUAAUUAUGUCAAGAAAGUGACACUGCCCCUGGAUAACUCAACAUAUUUUCUUCAAACUGAAGAAUGUCUCGAUAAUACAGAGGAUAUUUUUUCACCUGAGAAGAUCGUGACCAAUUUAUUCAAGAAAUAUGGUGAUCCCACUGUGAUGACUACAGGUAAAUUUUCUAAUAACACAAAUAGUGAAAUUUUAAAUUCCGAAAGACAUAAGCUAAGUUCAAACCAAGAGGUAGCUAUAUCAAUGAAAGGUGAAGCCACUGAACUCAUGAAUAAUUCAGAAGUGCUAUGUUCACCUGACAGCAUGGAAAUAGACCAACAGGGUGAAAUAUAUGAAUUUGAGGGUAUUUCCAGCUUGAAUAAAGACUGUCAGGACCCUCAUGAGCCUGAAACGAAACGCUCAUAUAUUGAUCGUGACACUGAGAGAGUUACAUGUGCUUUUGAAAGUGAAACUACUCUACUGGCACAUCAAAAUUACGUCUCAACUUCUGUAAACGCUAACCAUGAAGAUGCUAUUCCAAAACUUUUCAUGCAGUCGUCAGCUUCUUCAGAUUCUUCAAACUUUUUAUCAUACCCAGUAUUAGAUGACACCAAUGAUUUAAUUACUACCUCAACCUCCAUCGUCAUGCCCAUAUCCACAACGGUAUCUAAGAAAUCAGGAAUAAUACCCCCUUCAGAAAAGUUUACCGAUUGUACAGCUCCAACAGGUGGAAAAGUAACCAACGCCAUAUGUUCAGACGAAGUUUUUAAAUGUACUUUGGUCAAUACAGUAACCAAUAAGCCUUGCUUUCAAGAAUUUUCAAGACCAUACGAUCUCACAAGGCAUCAAAAUACUGUUCAUGCAAAGAAAAGAUCUGUAUUUCGAUGUUUAGAAUGUAUCAGAACUCAUGGAGAAAUAGGUUAUCAAAAGACUUUCUCGAGGUUAGAUGCAUUGACAAGACAUAUAAAACUUAAACAUGAAGGUUUGCCCACAGAGAAACGACAAGAGCUUACACAAUAUGCUAGAAAAAACUUGGAGUAUAUAAUGACAUGA